AUGAUCAUUCUCAAACACAAUACACUCUCAGCAAAUGAUCUCUUCUCUAUUGAGCGGCGGCUUAUUCGAUGGUUGGACUGCAAGGGACAACCGAUUGUGGAUUCCGAUUUCAACGUGCUUGAUCUACAACGUACCGAUCUCUAUGGGCAUCUUCUCGGCAUUUUCGCAAAGCUGGAUGUAUUCAACACGCUUGAUAUUUCGCCUUCACAAAUGUUGGAUUUCUUGAUUGAUGUCGAUGCAACCUACCUUGACGCACCUUAUCAUUCGUUCUACCAUGCCGUCGACAUUGUAACAGUCUUGUACUACAUUCUAACCGAAUUGGAAGCCGAGCAAUACCUUUCUCGACUGGACGUUGCUGCGUUGCUAUUGGCGGCACUUUGUCAUGAUGCAGGCCAUCCUGGAUACACUAAUCUCUUCCAAGUCAAUAUCAAGACACAAUUGGCGGAUCGUUACAACAAUACCUCUGUACUCGAAUCGUAUUCCGUUGACAUUGCACGUUCCUUGUUGCACAAACACAAACUUUUGAAAUCCUUGAGCACGGGCCAAAAUAUCAAUGUGGAAGACGAUGCUGAUUCAUUUAUUGGCACAAUCGAAAACUUGAUCCUAUCGACUGAUAUGGUGUAUCAUUAUGAGCUUCAACAACAAGCAGGCAAAUUGGAAGAAUGUCUCACCGAUCAUUAUAUGGAUGAAGAUGACUUUGACGACUUUUGGUCCAUGAGCAGUGAUUCCGAAGAAAGUCUUUGUACACCUACCACCACCAGCAGUGAAUGUACUACUUCUACCAGCAACAAUAACCAUCAUCAUCAUCAUGCAGUAUUGCUUUCAUGCAAACAGCGGCUGAGCCUAUGUCGGAUCUUGUUACAUGCAGCGGACAUUAGCAAUACAGUACGCCCAUGGCCUAUUUCCAAGCAAUGGUCUGAUUUAAUUGUGCAAGAAUUCUUCCGCCAGGGCGAUGCAGAAAAGGUAGCCGGUCUCCCUGUAUCACCUGGCAUGGAUCGAGAUCAUUCUACACAACCGGACAUCAGUCUCAAGUUUGGUGACUAUGUCGUUAAACCGUAUUUUGAAGCUCUUACGGGCUUUUUGCCAAUGGCACGUUCCUUUCUUGUAACUCUAGCCGACAAUAAGAAUGAAUGGGAACGUCUCAAGGAUCGCCCUGAAGCUGCUAUGCCACCCUUAUCGUGCCUUGCUCAUGAACGUCAAUUUCCAACAAGCUUGCUUCCACCCGAACCAGUACUUAACCCAUCAGGUCGCCGUGUAAGCGUGGCUGCUGGUAUGGUUGUCAUUCCGGAUGAUCAAAAUGUUAGCAUUCGACAGCGACAACGAAGCACAAUGCUCUUGAGACGACCACCACUCACCACCAUAAGAGAACAUCAUCACUAUUACCAGCUCAUUCAUGGCGACUUUUAUGCUGAUUAUCGACGUCCAUCAGCGGCAACCAUCACCACGACACCAUCCAACGCUACCAAUUGCUCAACAACAUUGCAUCAUCAUUAUUGGCCAUCACCUUUGCUCCUCAAACCGGUGUCAUUCGAACCCCUCUAUCAUCCCCAAGACCGAUUUACCGCUCCCCUUGUGCCAUGA